CAAAGAUGCUAAAAGCUAAACCAGAGAGUAUCCGAGUUCAGUCAUCACUCUCGAAACUCAGAAGCUCAGAACGGUGGAAUCUCCCUUUGCAAGAGUGGAAAAGAAGCUUAAGAAAUAAAGUCAUUUCUCUAGACCGUAAAAGUAAAAAAGGUGUCCCUGGACGUCCUGUGACUUCUAAGGCACCAUCAGACAGGCAACUCAAAGUUAUGUUGACGAAUGUCCUGUGGACGGAUUUAGGACGAAAAUUCAGAAAGAGCCUACCUCGGAGCGACGCGAACUCCUGUGAUGUCCACAAGGAGCACUCGGCCUCAUUGCCUUCGACAGCUGCUGACCACCGAGAGCCGGGUCACAAAUUAGAACUUCUUAACCAAAGCCGUCCUGUAUCCGAAAGGAGUUCACCAUCGAGUAAGACAGCAAAUAACAAAUCUGCAAAGCAGGCUGCACACACUAAAAAGCAAAGAGAUGGUGAUGAUGGCAUUUCUCAUGUAAUACCUGAUACUCAGCCUAAAGGUUUGUGA